CUCUGCAUACCUUUGCGGGCUGGGCAGAGCCGAGGAGUGUCCCUCUCUGGCUGCGGGGGGUGUGCGCUUUUUACUGUAUUUAAGCACCAGCUGCUAACAUAUUGUGCGGAUAAAGAUUUUGACUGCAGAUUCAGCAUGGCGAACAACAAGAAGGCACCUCUUGGCUCCAUCGAGAACCCGAUCAAGUUCAUGGAUCAGGACUUCAAGUCUCUGCUGGAAGAGUGUCUGAAGUCCGGAAAGAUGUUCGCUGACCCGACCUUCCUGGCGGAGCAGAAGUCCAUUGGUUUACCGGAAGAUGCGGAUCCAAAGAAGGCGAUCAAGUGGCAGCGACCCAAGGAAAUCAGUGAGAAUGCUGUGUUUGUGGAGGGCACGACUGGGACCACUGACAUCUGUCAGGGCCAACUGGGUAACUGUUGGCUGCUGGCGUCGCUGUCCUGUCUCACCAUGCACCCCAAACUCUUUGUGAAGGUGGUGCCGCCCAACCAAAGCCUGUCCAAGCCUUACGCAGGGAUCUUCCAUUUUAGG